AACACGCGACUUGGCACGAUCAGUGCGGUGGCGUGCUUACUACAUAAUAGGCGGCAAACUGCAGUAUCCGCAGUCUGAGUAGAACUAUACAUCGAGUGCGACGCCUUCUUUGGAGGCAAAAUGGCGAUGUCUACAAAGAAAAAAGUGAUUGUCAUUGGUGCCAUUAUCUUAGUUGUACUGGUGGCUGUAUUGUGCGCAGUGUUUUUGACCCAAAGCGCAGAUACGGGAUCCUUAAAAGAGGUAGUUGCGACCACUAAACAAGGAAAGCUGGCGGGAGAAUGGGUAGACGCAGGUGACCCAGCACACUUCAGAUACGCAGCAUUUCGGGGCAUUCCCUACGCUCAGCCGCCACUGGGUAAACUUCGGUUUAAGGGGCCAAAACCGUUGCCACCAUGGGAAGGAAUCCGACCUGCAACCACUGAGGGCAACACUUGUAUUCAAGACGGCUUUGUAGGUUCUGAAGAUUGCUUGUACAUGAACGUGUACACACCACAAAUGCCAUCGGCCGAGAACAAUCCCAAACUGCCCGUGUAUGUAUUCAUCCAUGGAGGUGCUUUUCAACACGGGAACAGUAACGCCGAUGGUUAUGGGCCCGACUUUCUUAUAACGCAAGACAUUGUUGUUGUAACUAUGAAUUAUAGGACAGCAAUAAUGGCUAGUUUGUCGCUGGACACGGAUGAAUUGCCAGGAAACGCAGGUUUGAAAGACCAGCUACAUGUCCUCCGUUGGGUGAAAGAAAACAUAGAAAACUUUGGGGGGGAUCCCUCAAAAAUUACGCUUGGAGGACAUUCUUCUGGAUCCGUGAGCGCCUGCUGGCUGGCAAUUGUGCCGCAAACUAAAGAUUUGAUUCGAGCUGCUAUUAUUCAAAGUGGCACAGCUGUCUCUGGUUGGUCUAGCACAAACAAACAUAUUGAGUUUGCCAAAGCGAUUUAUAAGCACCUUACAGGCACAACAACCGAUGAUAAAUCAGCAAUGACAAGCGUUUUUAAAUCUGCUAACUAUUUGGAUCUUUACUACGCCGCUGAAAAUGCAACAUUAUUAAUCCAAGAGACGAAGGGCCUUGGGACGGACAUAAGCUUUUUUUAUGCUCCUUACAUUGAACAACGAGAACAAGGUGAAGAAGAGAAACUUAUUACAAAAGAUGCAGAGAGUUACAUCAUUGACAAAGACGCUAACAACAUUCCCAUGAUCAUCGGCGAAACAAAACAGGAAUGGACAAGGUUUUUCUCUUUGUUAGGAAUGUUUGAGAACGAAACACAACUGAAUGAGCAUAUCCAAAAUUUAAUAACUUACGUGCCGCCCUCAAUUAGGCCUGGGAGCGAUACCCAAGAGUUGCUUCGGAUAAAAGAACACGUUCCUACGGUUAAUGUUGACGACUUUGUCAAGAAACUUAGAGAAUUCUACUUUAAAAAUGACAAUGACAAAGAAUGCUGCACAAACUGCAAAAUGUCUAAGUAUUUGCAUCAGGCCUAUAUCAUGGCAGAUACAAGCCACUUCAUUCGUUUGAGAUCAAAGUACAUACAAGAGCCAACCUUUGCAUUUCUGUUCAAUUUAAAAUCAGAUUACAACAACGAUAUCACAUACCUGCCUCAUUAUCUACAGUCUGACGUCGUCCAUGGAGAUGAAAUGGGUUACAUAUGGAAGAAAGAAAAGUAUACGUACGAUUACGGAAACAACACAGCAGCUGUUGCUUCGCGGCGCCUCGUCCGCAUGAUAACGAACUUCGUCAAAGAAGGGAACCCAACGCCGAAGAUUGACGACGAGAUCACAGUCAAGUGGCAGCCCGUGACUCACGGAGGAGAGGAGACCUAUCUCGAGAUAACUGAAAACCUAGAACAACGGAAAGGCAGCGCGGCAGACGCUGAAAUCUGGUCAGAAAUUUUCUCAUCGUACCGAGCAAAUAAAAGCCCAUGACCCUGCACUGCCCACUAUUUUGUAAAUACAUUUUUAAAUAAAAUUUUAAACGCA